AUGGAGAACCAAGUAAGGCACACGGCCUCUCGCUUCCUUCCUUCAUCUCUCACUACCUGUCGGUCCCGAAACAUAUCGGACGUCAUUGAAAGCUCCAUCGUCCUUACUCGGAACACCAAAAAUCUCCAUGAACACCACCUCGUCUCUCCCAAAAUACAAAUCUAUCCUCCAUUCACCAAACCCAAAAAUCCAAAUGAUCUCACUAUUACAAAAGAGCUCAUGGAAGUUUCGAAACCCAAAACCCAGUUUUUCGAUUGUAAUGCUGAAAGAAGGAAGUCAUUUCCCCCUGUAAAACCUUUUUCGCCAUUGAAAUAUCGCCACAAGGAGAUAAGUGGUAAAGAGACAAAGAUCAAGAAAAGCUCCUCCUCCAACAGUGGGUGGUUUAGCAGUGAAGACGAAGCUGAAGAUGAUGGUGGCAAAACCGACACUUUUUUUAGCUUAUCUUCCGGUUCUUUUGAAUCUCUUCGUCGGAAAAGAAAUGAUUCUCGUCGGAGAAGAGGUGAGUACGAUAUCUCCGAAAUGGGUCGUUCCGCACUCGAAGUACCACCUAGUUCAACUGAUACACUUCUUGAAUUAAGCCCAAAGACGGCUACGAUUAGCAGGAACACCACCAAACCUAGCCUGAGAGCUGAGAUGUGUCACCACCCAUCUGUCAAAGAGAGAAAAUCAGAUAAAGACAUUUCUUAUGUAUUGGCAGAUUCAAGCGACUCUGCUACUUCUCACCCGAAAACAACUAACAAUCACCAUAAAACCUCCAAAACUAGCCGGGAAACCUGCACAAAUCGCCGGAGACCCACAAAGGGUCAUACCCACUUGGCCGCAGAGAAUGAAGCCCAAGAUAGCUCUGUAGCACCCUUGAGCUCAACAGAUCUUUAUUACAGCCAUUUCGGCAAAACCACCAACACCCGCCGGAAAACCAACAAGAUCCGCCGGAGAAGAGGCGCAGAUUUGGGUUCUAUAAUGGAAGGAUUUUCGUUUCUUGCCGAUGAUAGAGUUGAAGAGAGUUAUGCAGUGGAGAAGAGUUCGAGCGAUCCAUACAGUGACUUCAGGACAUCAAUGGUGGAGAUGAUCGUGGAGAAACAGAUCUUCGGAGCUGAAGAUCUUGAGAGGCUGUUACUACGUUUUCUUUCUUUGAAUUCAUCCUCUUAUCAUGAGAUCAUUGUUCAAGUUUUCUCCGAGAUUUGUGAAACUUUGUUUAGCUGUUGAUCUGGUUGAAGGAUGAACAUGUACUGCUUUUGGUGUUCCAAUGAUUAAG